AUGAGUGGCCUGACUGUUGGUACAGGAGGCUUUGCUUCUGCAGCAGGCGGAGGCACAAGUGCAGCAGGAGCAGCAGGAGCAGCAGCAGGAGCAGCAGCAGGAGCAGCAGCAGGACAAUCAUCAUCCCAAGGUGGUGCUUCUCACCCAUCAUCUUCUUCGUCAUCAUCAGCAGCAGCAGGAUCUGCAGCCCCAACAGCAGCAGCAGCAUCCCCCGCAGCAGCAGCAGCAGCAGCAGCAGCAGCAGGGUACCCUCGUGCUGCUAAUAAUAUAGGGGAGACCCCCUCACCUCGAUUUGGCCACACCUCCACUUAUGUUGGCCUCAAUCGAGUCGUCGUAUUCGGCGGAGCUGUCGGCU